GUUAUCCAAUUGUUGCGAUUGUUCAUUGGAAUGCAUAAGUGCGCUCGGAAAGUUUCUUUGCGAAAUUCGACUGAUAAGAUGGAGAGGAAGAGUAGGAGAGGAGUUGCCAAACCGAAUGUUCGGCAAAACAAAGUUUACCCAAUUCAGAAUGACAAAGAUUUGCCUGCGACCAAAUGUGACUCCUCGAACAAAGGCGAGUCGUGGUUGCAAGCAAAUAACCCGAUAAGAGGAGGAAGGUCUAUCGGAUAUUUAAAACAUUUAUUCCAUAGAUUCUUGUUGUGUUGCUGCAUUUCGGGCGAGAUCUCUGAUUCGGAGCUAAGUUUUCAUUCUUUCUGUCUUUUCUCGGUCAGCAAAUUGCGUAAGUAAUAAUAUCUGUGAUUUUGUAGACUUAAGAACCGGAAAGGAAACUUAUAGAUUUCAACUCCGAAGAUGACUGUAUUUACAUUAUAAACCCAAGUACUUUAUUGACAAGAUUAUGUCUUGUUUAUAAAAUCGUGGUUUGCCAGCUUAGAGGUAUGAAGGAGUACAUGUCAGGAGUGGCAAUUUAGCACAGAACAUUAAGGUGACCAGAUUUUAACACUGGUAA